GAGACAUAACUUAUAAUAUUUCGACUAUUUUGAAUAGAUGGGAAGAUCAAUCGAUAUGAUUUGUAAUUAUAAAACUUGCAACUUUGUUGAGGGAAACGGUUCAAAAAACAUCGAUAUGUUAAAUAAUUAUGGAACCAUCAAUUUACACCACCUGAAAAACUCGUCGGUGAGAAUUGAUGUGAUGAAAAACUAUGGAACCGUCAAUCUAUACAACAUGACACAAUCGUCAGUAAGAAUUGUCAUGAUGAAAAACUAUGGAAAAAUUAAUUUGUUCAAUGGAAAAAACGUCAUGAAAAAUAUCGAUAUGUGUAGGAACUAUGGAUCCAUAAAUUAUUUUAACUUUAACGGAAUAAAUACAAAUGCAAUAGAGUAUCAACAGCAUGAACAAAGAAAUACGUCAAGUGCAGGAAGACGGCAAUUGAAAGAGCCCGACUCAUAUAUUGGACGCAAAAGGUUUCUGAGAUUAAAGAAACAAGGAAAAAUCCCGCCACACAAGAAAUGGUUGCCGCUACAGGAAUUUAUUGAAAGGAAAGAGAAUGCCAGAAUAAAAAGAGACUUAAAUGAGGAGGAAAUAAAGAAAAAGGGAGAAACUUCGGGAAGGCCAAAGCAAGAAAUAAAGACAGAGAAAGAAACUGUGGGGGGAGGCAAAGACGAAAUAAAGAAAGAGAUAAAAGCCGCAGAAAAGUGCGCGCAGGAAAUAAAGAAACAGAGAGAAGUUGCAGGAGGAAGAAAAGUUGUUGGAGCAGGCGAGCGUGUGAUAAAGAAAGAGAAAGAAACUGCGGGAGGAGGCGAGUGGGAAAUAAAGAAACGGGGAGGAGCUGAGGGAGGAAGAGAAGUUGUGGGAGCAGGCGAGCGUGUGAUAAAGAAAGAAGCUACGGGAGGAUGGGAGAAAAUGAGGAAGGAGCGUGUAAAAAUCAUUGUAGCAAAAAUAAAACAAGAGUUGAAAAUGGAUGGAUAAAAAAAUAAAUGGAUGGACCAACAAUAUGCGAGUUUAAUGUGAAUGAAUGUAACUAAUUUAUCCCUGCUUGGUUAAGCGAAGUCGUAUAACAAAGGUGUUUGAG